AUGUCGCUUGCCGACAACCCCGGCGGCAAUUUCAGCCUCGCUGAUCGCUCCGACGAUGGAAAAUUCUCGGAGCGUACUAUAGUCGCCUGUUUCAUCGCCAUUGCCUGGUACAAUGCCUUGGAGUUGAUCGUUCUGUGCUUCACUACCUUCAGGCGAUAUGGCGGGUGCUAUUUUUGGUGUCUUCUCCUCGCCUCCUUCAGUAUCAUCCCUUUUGGUCUCGGAUAUCUCCUCAUCAUCUUCAACGUAUACAACAACAUGUUCCCCGUGGCGAUGGAGCUAGUUGCUUGGGUCGGGAUGGUAACAGGCCAGUCGCUGGUCCUCUGGUCUCGAUUACAUCUUGUCUGCCACAGCCCAACCGUCCUCCGAGCCACUCUCACCAUGAUCAUCGUCGAUGCGAUAAUUUUACACAUCCCCGGUUCCGUCCUCGAACUCGGCAGCCAUUCAAACAAAUUCUUCCUCUUCACAAACGGGUUCAACAUCUUCGAGCGCAUCCAAUUGAUCGGAUUCUCCAUACAAGAAAUUAUACUCUCUGUCAUCUAUUCCUGGGAAGCUGUGCGACUACUGAAUCUCCGCCCAAGAGGCCACUACCGAGGCACCCUGGUCCAGCUCCUGAUCGUGAACGUAGUCAUGAUCAUGAUGGACGCAGCCAUUAUCGGAGUACAGUACUCCGGCCUAUUUGAUAUCCAUGUCACUCUCAAGGCAAUGGUCUACAGCAUCAAGCUCAAGCUGGAAUAUGCGAUCCUGGGAAAAUUGGUACACAUCACCGAGGUGAGUGGCAGCAACUCCGCCCCGACGGACCUGUCAGAUUUCGUGGAUCUUUCUUUACACCAUGCCCGCACUACACAACCGGAUAGCGAUCUGUUCGCAGAUAAUCCAGAAUACGGCCCGCACACUCAUCGCAAGCGAGUGUCCUCCAAGGGCUCAUCUACUGACCCGCUAAGAAGGAGUAUCUCCGAUGCCCAGACUCCGGUCUCGAACUCGGACUGA